AAAGCAAACCAAAGGUCAAUUCGCGCGUUUUGAUGUUGUUGCUUGUGUAGGUGAGUAUUAGAUCAUCAAUUCUCUCUGUUAUUGAAGGCUGGAACGUCUUAUAUUCAGCAGAGACUUCUUAGUAACUUUGUCAAUAAGGCAACGACUGAUGUAUAUCGAGAUAAAGGCCUAGUACUACUAUUAGUUCCAGCAAAGGUACCGGGUACACAGCAUUUCACCCCAGCAAUCAAGAAGGAAUUUUGACCAUCUAUAAUACACGCAGCGCACCAUGCCUGUGAGCACGAGGAGAACCGCGUCCGGCACCGCGCAGGCGACCAUCGGAUUCCGCGUGAAGAAGAAAAAACAAGAUGCUCCCCACAAGUUGACGACGGUGAGGAAGGCGGUGGCGAUAGUGAAAGAGGAUGCGAAGACGAAAACGUCGUCGUCGCCGGCGACGAUGUGUCCGAGUCCGGAGCGGAAGCGGACGAGCGAAGCGAAGGUCGACUCGGGUUCAUGCUCUCCGACGAAGAUGAGGCGGCCCUGUCGCCGUGGCGACGGCUGCGCGACCGUGUCCACGGCCGCGGCGCGGAUUCCGUGUUCUCCGCUGAAGCAGAGCGACGUCGCUGCCCGCAGCAGCAUGUCGUUGCCGGGCAACGUGCCUCGUUACCGUGGCAAUGACGAGAAUGACCCUGGCGUUCAGCGCUCGCCGCGAAAAUAUCCCGCUUCCCUCGCUUGCCACCAGGCAUCUCCAGCGCGGCUUGUUGAUGACCCGACGACGUCGCUAAAGCCUCUACGACUGUUCGGCGAUAAGGAGAACAAGGCAACGUCUAUGUGGCUGGCGCGGCCGGACGUGGGCGCGUACCGCUCGACUAAGGAAGCGCUGAGCGUGUCGCAGCCAGCGCGCAUUCUCUGCCGCGAGCGUGAGAUGGACGCCGUGCGCAGCUUCCUGCGCGGACGGCUGAUAGAGGGGGCUGCGGGCAGCAUGUACGUGUCGGGAGCUCCAGGGACGGGUAAGACUGCGUGUCUUGCUGCGGUGAUGUCUGAGCUGGGACGCGACGCCGCCGCCGCGCUGCCGGCAUCCUACCGCUCCGUCGUCGUCAACUGCAUGUCCGUGAAAACUCCGCAGGCGAUCUUCAACGCGAUCCUCGCCGGCGUGACGGGCGGUGGCGCCCCCACGCAGCAUGCGACGGGCGCGGCGGUGAAGCGACUGCAGCAGCGACUGACGUCCGGCGGCGGAGGUGCGAUGGUGUUGCUCGUACUGGAUGAGAUGGAUCAGCUGGAUAGCAAGGAUCAGUUUGUUCUCUACACGCUGUUCGAACUGACGGCGUUGCCACGGUCGCGUCUCGUCAUGAUCGGCAUCGCCAACGCCCUCGACCUCACCGACCGCAUACUGCCGCGGCUGCAGGCUCGACCUAAUCUCAAACCAAGGUUGCUAAACUUUGCGCCGUACACGAGACAACAGAUCGUGGAGAUUCUGCAGCACAGACUCGCGGAGAGCAAGGAGUCCGUAGUGGAAACAAACGCGGUGCAGUUCUGCGCUAGGAAGGUUGCUGCUGUCGCCGGGGACAUGCGCAAAGCUCUCGAUGUCUGCAGGCGUGCCGUGGAGAUUGUGGAAUCGGAAACCAGGCGGCAGCACUUGAUCGGCCUUGCAUCAGGCGCUCAACGUAACACAAGUCCAAAGAAACAGCAGUCGGCAGCGGCAGUCAAGACUGUCAACCUCACUCACAUCUCCAGCGUCAUGGCUGAGGCAGACAGCGCCAGGUUGGCCGGCGGUCGGGCGACGACAGACAAAGCCGGUGACGGUCUUCCUCUGCAGCAGAAGCUUCUCAUCUGUACUCUGCUGCUCACACUGAAGAAGGGGAAGGCAAAGGAGAUUCCUCUAGGAAAGUUGUUCGAAACGUACGCGAAAGUUUGCCGAGAGCGUCAGGUGACGAGUAUCGAUCAGUCUGAGUUAUCCAGCCUGUGCACGCUGCUGGAAAGUCAAGGAAUCGUCACCGUGAAAAAAGCCAAAGAUGUGAGGAUGCGCAAGAUCACUCUAAAGAUGGAUGAGAAAGAUGUGGAAUUCGCUCUUAAAGAUCGUCUGCUGAUGUCGUCGGUGCUGAACAUGACCCUCUGAUCUCUGCAGGACUGCAAACAAAUUUGCAACUUUGCACAUUUUGCACAUUACAAAUUUUCACAUGAAUUCUGUUCUAGUGAGAUAUAUACUUGCUCAUAAUUUUGAAAGUUGACAUUAGUAGUAAAUCAGUAAGACAUGUGCCUGCUGACGGUCGUCCAUUGCAUGCAAACUGUCUUGAUGAAACAUUGCACAGCCUGUGUGCAUGCUAGUCCAUUUAUUUUGAUUAAUUGAUGUCAUUUGGUUGACAGGUCAUUUUUAGACCAUAAUUUUAGUAUAUUAAUUGAACAUUAUGAAUAUUAUGAAAAUGUAGUCAUAAUUUUAAAUCAACUUACAAUUAAAUUAUGCAUGGCUUUAUAUCUUUUUUGCAUCUGAUUAACGUCAUACCAUGGACAUUUUAGGGUAUUCUUGUGUAAAUACUUGAUACUAAUUAUUGUACUAUUACUUGGUAGCUUGAAGAAUUGUUGAAUUCAAUUUAGGCUACAAACAAUGCUUGGUGCAUACUGUAAUGUUAUACUGUAUGUGUGUGUAUUUGUGUAUUAUAUUAAUUAAAAUUGUAAAAUGUCAA